AUGGGCGCGGCUCGAGGUUUAGAUGAAGGCUUAAUCGGCACAUCGGUCGAGCAGGUUUCUUUCCGUCACCGUUUUGGCCUUGAUGACCCAUCGCUGAGCAAACAUGAACUUGCCAAUACCAUUGGAAACAUCACGUCAAUGGUCCAGCUGGGUUCGAUCCUCGGUGCGCUCAUCGGCUUCUAUCUUGCUGAUAAGCUCGGCCGGAAACUAGCGACGGUCCAGCUGUGUGCAGUUUGGGUGUUGGGCAUCACGAUAUUCCUGGGUUCAGCUCCAUCAGGCAACAUGGGCAUGGUUUACUCUGGGAGAUUCAUCGCUGGGGUUGGCAUUGGCCAGACGACGAUUGUUGCACCGACUUAUCUCGCUGAAACAGCGCCUCGUGCGAUCCGUGGCCUUUGCGUGUGCGUGUUCGCAGGUAGCGUUUACCUUGGAAUCAUGCUGUCGUACUUUGCAAGCUGGGGAAGUUCUAUCCAUAUAUCAAACCAUGACCAGGCGCAAUGGCUCGUACCAAACAGCUUGCACAUCAUGUUCGCAGGUAUCAUCCUUUUCUUGUCCUUUUUUGCAAUCGAAUCUCCGCGCUGGCUCAUUAAAGUGGGCAGGCAUGAACAAGCAGCCAGGAACUUGAGCAAGUUGCGCCAGCUCCCCGUUGAGCACCCCUAUGUACAGUCCGAGAUCAUUGACAUCAACGACGAAUUGGAUCGGGAACGCGAGGCUACCAUGGGAGCAUCAAAAUUGGGAAUGGUAAAGGAGCUUUUGUUCAUUCCCGCGAAUCGUUAUCGAAUCAUGUUGUCUUUCAUGUCUCAAAUACUUGCGCAAUGGUCCGGCGCCAAUAGCAUCACCAUCUACGCACCCAGAUACUUCGAAAUGGUCGGCACUACCGGGCAAAAUGAGAAGCUUUUCGCGACAGCAAUCUUCGGCGUGGUGAAAUUUGUUUCGGCUAUCAUCUGUGCCACGUUCCUUAUCGACUUCAUCGGACGCAAAAGAUCAUUGUAUAUUGGUAUCUCGUUGCAGUUCGUGUCCAUGCUCUAUAUGGCCUUGUUUCUUGUAAUUGACCAGACUGUUGGUGACAAAAACAUUGUCCAGAGUCCGAGUCAAAAAAAAGCCGCAACCGGUGCAAUUGUCUUCAUAUAUCUUAGUGGAUUUGGCUGGGCUAUGGGCUGGAACAGCGUGCAAUAUCUCAUCAAUAGCGAAAUAUACCCCCUGAGGCUACGAGCAAUAGGCGGUAGCAUCGCUAUGACAGUUCACUUUGCCAAUCAGUAUGGCAACUCCAAGGCCGUGCCUUCUAUGUUCAUUGACAUGACAUAUUAUGGAACGAUGUUUUUCUUUAGUGCCGUUACGUUCCUUGGACUCGUGUGGGUGUGGUGGUUCGUACCAGAGCUGAGUGGCCGCAGUCUCGAAGCUGUGGAUGCCAUCUUCCAACUUCCAUGGUGGCAGAUCGGUCGCAAGGGCGGUCAGCUUCGUGCCACAACCGUUGCGGAGACAUAUCACAACGAACAAAUUGAGAAGCCUGUUGUUGAGCGAAUCAAUAGUGUUGAUGAGAUAAAUGGACAUGGCAGGGCAGAUGCAUAA